AUGAGUAUUGAACAAAUUUGGGACGAAUAUAAACGACAGCGUGACGGAGAUUAUUUCACCGAUGGUGCUUCGGUAGUUUUCGUUUCUACCGCAUCUGGAGCGAGGGGAUAUGAUGCCGUGAGGCAAUUUCUUGCUGCGUCAUACGAUCCUCGGGUACUGAAGAUAAAAGAAAACGUUAUAUCCAGGAUUGUCGGACAAGAUUCUAUUGUUGAAGAGUCAGACACGACCAUCAACUUUGUCAGUGGCGAAGGAAGCUGGGUCGUUCCAGGUGUAGACAGUAGGUACCUGAUUGACAAUAGCGUUGUUAUUCCGAUGGUAACUACGGCAAAAUUUGAGGGCGAAAGAAUUAUUUCUAUUCGCGUCUACUGGGAUCAAGCUUCUGUUUUGAAACAACUCAAGUUGAUCUCUGAUAAAAAUUCCUGGCCUAUCGUGGCUGAAAGACAAGUAGACGCCUUGAGAGAUAUUUCUGGCGCUCAUCUCAAUCCCUUUAGCCGAAAUGAUUUGGCUGCCGGAGUUUCACGUAUGAAUAUUAACCAACAACCCCCGGGUCGCCGAGACGUUCAUACGUCUAGUCGAGUCCUUCACCCUGGUGGUACGGGUGGUAAAUCUUCCGUUUUCGGUGGUGACUCGGACGACACGGUUUCCAAUCGGAGGUUCAAUUCAAACAAAAAUCAAUCUCAAUUCUCGAUUGGGGAUGAUAAUGAAUCAGUGCAUUAUGAGAGGCACACCCAUUCUCAGAAGAAGAUGAAUCCAAACUCCAAUGCAUCACAGAUUCAAAUUGGUGGCGAUUAUCCAGUCGACGAACAAACCAAUAGACGCAGAAAUGAAGAUCCCUCAGUCCCAGGAACGCGCUCGCAAUAUAAACCUUCAAGUCGUAUCAUGAAACCACCAGGUGGUGGUGGAUCCCAAAUCACCUUUGGCUAA